CCAAACUAAGCAAUCAGGGAAGAAGGGUCUUGGUCAGGGAGGCGAGUCUCAUAGCAGAAUGUCUGAAUACUUAUUCAGAAUAAGGCGUAACGAAAUGGGGAAAAAGAGAAGGGCUCUGAAUACUUUCAGAAAGCACUGUAGAUAAAUGCCCACAUCGUUUUUUACAGUGCUGCCUUUGUUAAAAAACAUUCUUUCAUUUUUUUCAUUCGAGUACUGGAAAACAAAUCAUGCAAGUACUCUCAUGCGAGUACUCAACCAGUCAAAAAGGUCAAAUGCCCUACUGGAUGGAUCCAUAAAGAAUUACGGAUGAAAAUGCGACGUCACAGAGUGUUCUUGCUGUGCACAGUGGGCCUGUGUGUCAUCUCCUUCCUCCACUAUUACAAGGCCCUACACUACGUAUCCCUGCUCAAGGAGCUGUCAGCCCCGUACCCCAACAUCAAGUCCUUCAUCAUGGUGACAGGCUUCUUCUGGAGGGAGGGGGGGGCCACACCGUUAACGUCGGCUGCCUCGUCGUCUGACUUCGCCGCCUCGCAGGAGGAAGGACCCCCGCCCGCCCUCAGGCCCUCGGACACCAAGCCCCGGAUAGUAGGGGCUAUUGGCCCUGGGGGUGGAGGAGGAGGUGGGGUGGAGAUGAGACUGAGAGAGGAACCUGCUGCGCCCCAACCAUGGGGUCAACCAGAGGAGGAGCCCAAACACAGGGAUACGGAUCCCAACGAGGAGCGUGAAGGUGAGGACCUCCACUUCAAGCUCUGGUACCCAAGCCACCCAGCCCACCCUGUCAGACCUUACGCCCCAGAGGAAAGGGCCUCGGCUGGGAUCGAUGACCAGGUGGUGCCCUCCAAGGCUCCAUCCCCGGACCCCUUAGAAACCCUGGGCGACAUCCACACCCGCACCCACCAGCUCCAGGACGACCCCACCUCCUACUUCGUCCGCACUAAAGCCGGAGCCCUCUGCUUCCGCCAGGGGACGGAGGUCGCCACCCCCAGGGAUGACGCGGCACGGCCCGGGGGACCUACUGUGACUGGUACUGGGGUAGGAUCUCGAGCAGGUUCUCCUGGGCAACGUAAGCCCCUGGUGGUCCUGAACCAAUCCCACCAACAACCACUCCAUCCGUCGUCCUCCGGCACCUCCAUGCCUCCCAAGGCCAAAUCAAGAGGACGAGGAGGCAAACGACUGGUAAAAUGUGUGUGUCGGCCGGGGUGGCACGGGCCCUACUGUGGGGUACCUACCAUGGUCUACCACUCUAACCUGCCCACUAAGGAGAGACUGACGCCCAGAGAGAGACCCAGGAGGGUGAUCAAUGCCAUCAACGUGAACCAUGAGUUUGAUCUUCUCCACGUGAGGUUCCACGAGUUGGCCCAGGCUGUGGAUCUGUUCCUGGUGUGUGAGUCUAACUUCACCGCCUACGGAGAGAGACGACCACUACGGUUCCUGCGUCUCCUCCUGAACGGAACCUACGACUACGUGCGCCACAAAAUCCUCUACGUUUUCCUAGACCACUUUCCCGACGGCGGGCGCCAGGACGGCUGGAUCGCAGAUGAUUACCUCCGUACCUACCUGACCCGCGACGGCAUGGCAAGGGUGACCGGAUCACGCCCCGACGACGUCUUCGUCAUCAACGAUGCCGACGAGAUCCCCGCCCGCGAGGGACUUCUUUUCCUCAAGCUGUUCGACGGGUGGACGGAGCCGUUCGCCAUCCACAUGAGGAAGUCGCUCUAUGGGUUCUUCUGGAAGCAGCUGGGGUCGUUGGAGGUCGUGUCGGGGUGCACGGUCGGAAUGCUCCGAGACGUCUAUGAUGCCGAUGGGAUACGUCUCCGGCGCCGGGAAUACUACACCAUGCCCGGUUUCAGGAAGUACGAGAACGACACGGGUCACAUCCUGGUCCAGUGGGCUGUUGGAAGCCCCUUCCACUUUGCUGGGUGGCACUGUUCUUGGUGCUUUAGCCCUGAGGGCAUCUAUUUUAAGCUGAUCUCGGCCCAGAACGGGGACUUCCCGCGUUGGGGCGACUACGAGGACAAACGGGAUCUGAAUUAUAUCCGGGACCUGAUCCGGACGGGGGGUUGGUUCGAUGGAUCGGUGCAGGAGUACCCCCCCUCGGACCCCAAAGAGCACAUGUACGCCCCAAAGUAUAUGUUAGAGAAUUAUGAGAAGUACCUGUACCUUCUGGAGAACCCGUAUGUCAAACAUGAUAAAAUGAUUGAGGGGUAACGAAUUCGGGAGGGGUGGAGAAUUGAAGGAAGUGAAUGGGUAAGGAAGGAGGGCCCCUGGGACUCACAAGGGGAGGACAUGGAAACAAAAUUAGCACUCUUCAUGGGUGAAGGAUACAGAAGGAAAGAAAGCCUUAGCACUGAUGGGGAAGGAUACAGAAGGAAGGAAAACACUGACGUUGGAAGGAUACCCAACACAAGCUCCAACAAGUCCUUAUUUUUGGGUAAAAGGGAACAUUGGAACAGCUUUGGGGGGAAAUGACCACUGACUACUGACAAAAUAGUCCUCCCUAGAAACACUCUCUAUAUCAACCUCUGAGCCUCACCUACUACUUUCCUAGUUCUGACUGACAGACAGGCCUUUAUGCUGGGUUGGUACGGUGGGGACAGAGGGACAAAACAGGCGAAUCGCAAACCUGUGGAAAAAGGAAGCAAAAGAUGACAUUUUUGUUUCUGUUGAUGUUUACUUCAUCAUAUCGUCAUAGCGACACAGACACUCCCUCAUCCCGUCGCGGAAUUCUCACUCAGUGUUGGAUACCUUCCUGUUGUGUUUUUAGUGACCCCCUGCUAACACACACACACACACACACACACACACACACAUGUUCUCCUCUCAUCAUAUGUGAGUUAGAUAUAGUGCAGUCUACAGUGUAUUGCUUUCCUAUGGUUAAUAUUCUUGCUUGCAAAUGAACUGACAAGAAAAAAAGGCUGAAUCGUUGUAGAAACUCUCAGUUAACUUUACACACAUGGAAUGGGACUUCUGAAUCUGUUGCUGCAAACCACUAACACUCUGUGUGUGUGUGUGUGUGUGUGUGUGUGUGUGUGUGUGUGUGUGUGUGUGUGUGUGUGUGUGUGUGUGUGUGUGUGUGUGUGUGUGUGUGUGUGUGUGUGUGUGUGUGUGUGUGUGUGUGUGUGUGUGUGUGUGUGUGUGUGUGUUAAGGUGUUAAUCUGUGUGCAUGCGCGCACGUGUGCACUGGGGUGUGCUAUCCUGAAAGGUCAGAACACAAUAUGUGUGUGUAUAACUGGGUGACAAGACAGACAGACAGACAGACAGCUCUGAAUGAAUGAUGAAGUGAUGUCGUCUUCAUAGCCUUUUGUACAGCACAGCAGAAGGUGUAUUGUUGUUCUAUGUGGCCUAUAAAGACAAAGAUUUAAACAAAAAAUACUGGUUGACUCUCUCUCUUCCUCUCUUUCGGUUUCUCUCCC